UGAAAUGUCAAAAUAAAUAACAACAAAAAUAGGUUAUGUGAAAGUCAUGUUUUUUGUUUUAAAUGAAACACUGGUAAUGUAAAUAGUGGUUAUCACGUCUCAUUAACAAUAAGUAUGUCGGUGUUGAGUCCUUUUGUUUUUUGGGCCCAAAACGAAAAAACUGUAUUCCUAAAAGUAGACCUGAAGGAUGUAAAAGACCCAAACAUAACACUGGAACGACGCAAAUUGCAAUUUUGGUCUAAAGGGGUUGGAGCACGAGGUCUCAACGAUUAUGCCUUUGAAAUUGAUUUCUAUUCAAACAUAGAUUCUGAGAAAAGUGUGCACAAAAUCACUGACAAUAGAGUUGACUUUACUGUAAUCAAAUCAGAGAAGGGAUGGUGGCCUAGGUUGAUGUCACAGACCCAAAAACCCAUCUGGUUGAAAAUCGACCAUGACCGUUUCCAGUCUGAAGACAUGGAGGAGGAGGUCGCCGACGUUAUGCAAGAUUAUCCAAGCUUGUAUGAUAAGUUACAGAGGGAGGAAUUUGGAUACAAAAAAGAGGACUUCAAAAAAGUAUAUUUGACGCUUUACAAUUUAUUUAUGUACGUUGGUUUCAUGUACGUAGUGUGUGUAUUAUCAGUUAGGUACAUUAAAGAAGGCUCGGACUCAUUUCCGGGGACAUACGCUGCUGCAGGCUCUGCCAUGUGCUUUCUACAAUUAAUCCAAAUUUUGGAAGUUAUGCAUCCCUUGUUUGGCUAUGUUAAGGGUGGGGCUUUUGUUCCAGCACUUCAAGUAGGGGGGAGGUUUUUUGUCUUAAUUCUUAUGCUAGAAUUUGAACCACGGCUGCAAACCAUGCCGGUGGUCUUCUAUCUCUUUAUGACAUGGUCAGCCAUAGAAAUAAUAAGAUAUCCCUACUAUAUGUCACAAUUGUUAAAAAAAGAAAACGGUUUGCUAACAUGGCUGCGAUAUACGGCAUGGAUAGUUCUCUACCCCAUUGGAUUUAUUUGUGAAGGUGUUAUUAUUUUCCGAAAUUUGAUUUUCAUGGAGCAAGAUAACACCUGGUCGGUAACAAUAUCUACUCCGUUUGAAUUUACGUUUAAAUUUGCGACGGUUUUGCGUCUCUAUUUAUUAAUUGGGAUGAUACCAGGGAUGUAUACCCUCAUGUCUCAUAUGUACAAACAACGAAAACUUAAAAUAGGUCCUGUGACAAUUAAAAAGAAUAAAAUCAGAAAAGAGCAAUAAGUAUAAGUAGUUAAUUUUAUUGCACAAUUUUAAAUUGUUAAUAAGCUACAGUUAAUGAAAUAAAACACUAAGUAGGA